AACUGAUUUCUUUUAAGUGGCUGGUGCAGAUUUCCUCCUCUGUAUACCGCACCAGAAAGCCCCGAGACGGGUCCCAGCUCUCGGUAGAGGAAAUAGCAGGGUUGUUUUUACUCGGUUUGCCUCACUUCGCUCCAUUAUCUGCCGUGACAGCGGGAAGAAUCGCUCUCGACGUGGACGUGGUCAGUUGGCGUGUCCCGACUUGGAGUGACGGCUGUGCAGUCCUAUGAUUUCUCCCAAACAUUUUUUCGCACUGGCCCAUUUUCUGACAAACUAUAUCGCUAACUUUUGGUAUAUCGUGACCUAUUUACACCGCCGUUGGAAGUUGGAAGACAGCCGGGGUCCAAGAUGUCUGUAGCGGGCCUGAAGAAGCAGUUUUAUAAAGCCAGUCAGAUGGUAAGUGAGAAAGUUGGAGGUGCAGAAGGAACAAAACUUGAUGAUGACUUCAGAGACUUGGAACGGAAAGUAGAUGUGACCAGUAAAGCAGUAGUGGAGGUCAUCUCCAAAACAUCAGAGUACCUGCAGCCUAACCCAGCGUCACGGGCCAAACUGUCAAUGCUGAACACCAUGUCCAAGAUCCGUGGUCAGGUGAAGAACCCAGGAUAUCCACAGGCUGAGGGGCUGCUAGGAGAGUGUAUGGGCAAGUAUGGACGGGACCUCGGAGAGGACACUAACUUUGGUGGAGCUCUAGUAGAUGUAGGAGAGGCCAUGAAGAGACUGGCAGAAGUUAAAGAUUCUCUAGACAUUGAUGUCAAACAGAACUUUAUUGAUCCAUUGCAAGGACUCUGUGACAAGGACCUCAGAGAGAUACAGCACCACCUGAAGAAGCUUGAAGGCCGUCGUCUGGACUAUGACUACAAGAAAAAGCGUCAGGGCAAAAUCCCAGAUGAGGAAGUUCGACAGGCCCUGGAGAAGUUUCAUGAGUCAAAGGAAGUGGCCGAGACCAGCAUGUACAACCUGCUGGAGACUGACAUAGAGCAGGUGAGCCAGCUCUCAUCCCUGGUGGAAUCCCAGCUGCAGUAUCACAGACAAGCUGUUCAGGUGCUGGAGGAGCUUUCUGACAAACUCAGAGACAGGAUGAACGAGGCUCAGUCCAGACCGAGACGUGAAUACACACCCAAACCCAAACCUAUUUUUGACAUUGGAGACAACAACCAUUCGAAUGGUGGUUAUUCAACCUCAAUGGCCCCUCCACCUUCUCGCAAUUCCGAGCCGCCUUUUCACUUGGCCAGAUUGUCCUUUCGGAAACCAGGAUUGUCCCCAGAGCAGCCGAGCUGUAAGGCGCUAUACGACUUUGAGCCAGAGAACGAGGGAGAGCUGGGCUUCCGCGAGGGCGACAUCAUCACCCUGACCAAUCAGAUCGAUGAGAACUGGUACGAGGGCAUGCUGAACGGCCAGUCGGGAUUCUUCCCUCUCAACUACGUUGAGGUCCUUGUCCCGUUACCACACUAAUAUAAAGAGGAGACUGAUGGAGAGCAGGAGGGGAGAGGAAGUAGAAUGAGUAGAGAGGGAGGAAAGUGAAGACAGGGGAUGAUCCACAUUUCAUUUUCACCUUCAGCUCCAACAUCAUCAUCACUGCAGAUGAGCACUUUUUUCAGCUGGAGUUCUGGAGAAGAUGGUCACAUUUCAAAGUCCAGACCACAAUAUCAACCUGUUAUACUCAGAGGUAGAAGGGUCGAGACUAAGGUGGAGACAAAAUGUCAUUAUCUGUUAUCUGACAGUGAAAGCAUUUCUUGAGGACUAACUGAUGAAACAUUUCUAAGCAAUAUUUUUUAACCACAAAUAGUGAAAUAGAAAAAAAGAAUGUGUGUCUAAUUCGGUGUUUGCAACGACUGGAGUGACACAUUCAUAUCAUGCCUUUUGUGUGACUGCAGUCUGUUUAAAACUCAGGUUGGUCACCAACUCAGUAGUCAGUUUUUAGACUGGUGAGGCCAGACCUCCCAGGAAACGUUGUGUGUAUGUUGACUGAAUAUUAUCCUCAUUUCAAAACUGAAAAUACUGUUGGUGCCUCAUAAGGGCUGAAAUAGGCCUCCUAACGCCACCUGCUGGCAUGAAUGAGAAUUACCUUCAACUAAAAUGGAACUACAGAUGACUCGAAACAGCUGUAUUAUAGAAAGAAAAAAAACAUUCUUAAUGAAAAACAUGAGCCAAAAUUAGCUUCAUAUUUGGGAUUUCCACAUUUGGCCUAUUUGCAGUGCUCUUUUUUUUUUUUUUUUAUUUCAGUAGACAACAGGCCUGACAUAGUGGUUUCUCUUUGUUUCAGUAUUUGAUUUAUGUCAGCCUCAACUUACUACAGUGGUUCGUAAGAGUCAGCUGGUUACUGAAUAUGUGAGAAAAUGUUGUAAUUGCACCUUGGUCCUCAAAUGAGAUUGAUGUGUGUGUGACAGACCAACUCCACCAUUACACACAGACCCAAAGUUAAAUGCAGAGGUUGCACCUUUUUGUCACUUAAAGCAGGCGUGUGUUUGUUUGCCUAGAAAAGCAGAAAGAUUAGUUGUUUAAUGGUUGUCUGUUAGUCUGUUCAACAGAGGAGACGGAGCCAAAAAGACUUUAUAAAAUGCAAUAGAAACAUAUUGCUUAGUGCGCCUGUUUGUUAAACUGCUAAUGAUACUGUAACACAGCCAUAUAUUCGUUUAGAUUCAGGACCGUUUAUCAUAGCAUGUUCAGUCUUUUCCAUUUUUUCCAGCCUCUUGACCCUUGUUUUAGGCACCAGUUAACUCCAUGCUGUGCCUGAAUAGAUGAUGCUGCUGGCAGCAACUCGGUCUUUUAUAUGCUUUACUAACUGUCCUGCUGUUACUGUCUGCCCUCAUGUGUGAGAUAAUGUGAAACUCAUCUGUGCUUGGAAACAUACCCUAUAAUUGUGAUCAUACACAAUGGCUCUGAUUUGAUUGAUAUGUUAGUGCAUUGGGCUGACGGAGGCAGAUGUUUAGUCUGUUUAGACAAGGCUGGCUUCUUGUUCUGGUUUUAGCCACAGUCCACACCUGCAGGUGAAGGUCUAAUCCUAUGUAUACUGCACAGUAUGAGAGAAAGGCCUUGCAUUAAAAGGGAAAACAUCAAGGGAAAUGUAAUUGUAAACUGUUGCCCAUUCAGAUUAGAACCUUUCUUACCAAACAUGUACCUUUAGUCCAGCGGAUUUGGAAUUUUCUGGGGUAAAAAAGUUAGAUUAGUGAAUGUGAAAUACUGUUUGUAGUAUCUUUCUGCUUCAUUUCCCCUCUGUAAUCUGUGUAUGUCUGUCACUCCAUGCUGCCAAACACUUCCCCCACUCCUGAGUUUGGUCCUUGUUUGCUAUGUUUACAUCUCUGACCUUACUACAUUUCAAUUCUUGUACAAAGUUCAGGGGAAAGGGCGAUGGGGGGGUGCUGUCUGGGUCACACUGUUAUUAAAAAAAAAAAAAAAUGUCCUUACUAGCUUUCUUUGUUGCCUUUGGGAAUAAAAGGAGGGGAAGUAUCCCAACUAAUACAGCAACCAAAAUCUAACCUAGCCACUUAAAAGAAAUGGUCAAGAAUUUCUUUUUUUUUUUUUUUUUCAACUUUUGCUUUUUCUUUUUUAGCCAUUGGCACUUUUCUGUGUUAAGUUUAAAUGCAUGUGUGCAUCGUUCUGCACAUCGAUGAUGACACUACAGGCAGUUUCCUGGACACGUGUUUAGACUAAUGUGACUUUUAUCAGCAAACCACCAGUGGAAACUGUUUUUUAUGUAGAUUUUAAUCCAUGUUUGAAAAAAAUGUCCCACUGAUUUAUUUUCUUAAAGGGCUAUGUAUUUGUUUAAUCAGUCUUAAAUGCUCUUCUGAACAGCAUUAAAUCAUUCUGGCUCUCUAUAGUAUUAUUUUUUUUAUAUACAAGACCUUAAAACCUUUAAAUUAAUCUUUGCAUGUAGUUCUGUAUUACACCAUGUAAGUGUAUAUCUUAGAUUUAAGUUGCCUUUUUACUGUUGUAUGAAUUUAACCGCAAUAUUUUGUCUUUUAUUAUCACAGUAUUCGUACAUGCUUCGUUCUUGUUCCCCACCUUCCCCGUUCUUACAAUAAAUAAAAAUAAAGACA